UUCUCACGCACGCCAAAUCGCUAUUCAAGUUCGCAGCUGGCAUUCAGGAAUUCAGUAUUAAGUCGAAGCUGCUCGCGUUCGGUGCUCGCGAGCUGGAGCCGCCACCGACUGGAUACUUACCCAACCCAUCCCAUUCAAACCGAAGCGACCGGCACGGCCUGCCACUAUCAAUAAAACAAAUAAACAAAGGAGAAACAUAUCCUUGAGAUGAGCAGCAAAGUGAACUUCGUCUUUGACAACAACCUGGGGGUGUACCAGUCGGGUCAGGUCAUCUCCGGUACCGCGGAACUGGUUACAGAGCGUCCGAAAACCAUUCGAUCGAUCUUUAUAACCAUAAACGGGUAUGGAGAGACACGCUGGCAGGAGAGCGAAGAGCGGGUAGGCGAGGAUGGGAAGACCACUAGGACCCUGGUGACCCACACCACCACGAAAGUCUACUACAGCACAGAUCAGUAUGUUUACGGCCAGAAUGGUGGAUCUCAGCUGGAGCUGCCCACGGGCAAGUAUGUAUUUCCCUUUCGGGCCACCAUUCCGCCCGAUGCACCCACCUCCUUCAACGGUGCCCACGGACAGAUUAAGCAUGAGGUCACCAUGACCAUAGAUCGUUCCGUCCGCUACAACAACACCUUCAAACAGUGCUUCUCUGUGAUCCUGCCCCAUGAUCUGAACAGGCGCCAUGAGUACGCGGAACCUUUGAAACGUCUGGAGUCCAAGACCUUUUGGUGGGGCUCGAUCUUUGGUGCCAACAAACCAAUGGUCAUGGAUGUGAGUACCACGUAUUCAGGCUAUGUACCCGGUCAGAAGAUCCACUUCCAUUUGGUGCUGGACAACCAGUCGGAUGUGCAAUGUAUGGAUGUGAAGGUGCGCCUGCUCAAAAAUGUUUCAUAUCGUGCCAACUCCUCGGGAGUAAAGGAGCAGCUCAAGGUCACAGAGACAAGGGUGGCGGACAAACACUGUGGUGAGGUGCUGAAACACAACAAGGCGCAGUUUAAUGAAUUCCUGGUGGUGCCACCGACAACACCCACUACUCAAAGUGAAAAGGACCCUAUCAGAGUUAGCUACACGCUCCGCUUUAUUGCCAAGACCUUCAAGCUACACGGCGGAGGAGAUCUGGUGGUGGAUUUUCCGCUAACCAUUGGAACCGUACCACUGUUGGGUAGCGCCGGAGACAAGGGACCCGGCCAGACGGACAAAUCCCAAUGCAAUGGUAACUCUUAUCCAGGUUCUCCUCUCUUCCAAGAAGACAUUAGUGACGAGCCAUUCGAGUCCAAUACAUUUAAGCCUCGGUAUCCCGUGUAUCCAUUUGACAAUAAGCCUGGAUCUGAUACUAAUGGAGCCAAUGGAGGAGCCACAGCGCCCAGUCUGUAUCCCAAGACGCAGGAUACACCACCUGCUCCACCUGUCCACUUUUCGCCGAAUCCAGUCCCGCAGGCGGUACACAAAUCUCCACCAUAUCCGACAAACCCACCUGCCGCACCUGCAGCUGCUGGUGCACCAAGCGGCAAUUUCGAGGUUCUUGGCUUUAGCAUUCCACCUGAUUAUAAGCCUACUCCCAGUGCUCCAGCUGGAGCUCCCACGGGCGGCAUUGGCUGGAAAUAGAACCCACUAAUAUAGCAUUUUAUGUUCCACACUUCAAGCCGCAGUUUAAAUAAUAUUAAACGCGCGCCCUAGUGGCAACGCUGUGCUCGUGACAGCUGCCUGCAUAUUUAAAAGCUAAAAUCAAUGUAAAAGGUCAGUCACAACUGAAUAUUUUUCUAAAUUUGUAUUUUAACAUAUUUACAUAUUAUUUAAAUAUAUCCUAGGCAUACUUGAGUGAUGUGGAUC